AUGUUCACACCUACCUUCCGCGGCCUCUUCACGAGGCUUCCAUCGACUACUCCUCUCUCCAGCCUCUUCUAUGGCCCAUCACCAAGUCGGACUGCUGCCGCGACGGCUGUAGGAGCAUGUUCAUCGCCUUUAUUCUCCACACCUGUUUCUCGGCAGAUACAUACCACGACUCCUCAAAAUGCGAGGAUCGGUGGCGGAAAAGGUUCUAGUGCUAAAGGUUCAGGCAGCAAAGGCUCUGGGAAGAAGAAGCGCAAGGGAGGGAAGGGCGAUGGCCCGGAUCCCAGAAUCAUGAACCUGAAAGCUUCAAUGCCCCGUGCCGUUCCCGCCCCUCUGAGAUUCGCGCGAAACCGUGCGCUGCGUCACUGGACUAUUCAUCGCGCCUGGUUAUUGUACCAGCGCAAGGAGCGGGAUAGGGAGGCGCACGAACUGGAGCGGAUGUAUCAAUCGAUGCAUAAUGCCUGCGAGGAAUUGCGCAAGACUAGUGGGCCUGGCACGCGGGACGAGGGAUACUUGUAUCGUGUGGCUAUGGAAAAGAAAGGUGUAUACGGGCACAACAGCAUCCCGAUCGAGUAUGCGAGACCACAGACGGAAACACCGGCUCGCGAGCCUUGGAAUCACGGCUGGACCCGGUGA